UGCGUUCUUUAACAGCCGUCCGUCUCAGCCUCCUCUUCAGUGCCCGUCGCCGUCGCCGUCAUAACCUCCACUCACCGUCUCCAACGCCGGUAUAUUGCAGAUCCUCCGAAGUCCAAGAUGAGCGGCGUGGGGCUGAGGAGGCUCCUGGAAACAGCGGUAACCCAAGGGGUGACAGAAGCUAGAGCGAGGAUAUUUGGGCAUGUUCUAAACCCAACAGGGCAAAGAUCUCCCCACAAAUUACUCCGGAAGAAGCUCAUCGGCGACAAGGUCUCCCAGUGGUACCCUCACGACGUCACUAAGGACGACCCUCUUGUUAUGGCCGCUCGAGAACAGGAGCGGCUGUCCAAGCUCGAGAUGUUGAAACGUCGAGGGAAAGGGCCCCCUAAGAAGGGACAAGGAAAGGGUGCCGCCAAGCGUAACAAAGGGAAAUAGAUCCGUUGAUGCAUACUUCAUAUUAGAUUCUCAGGGUUUGUUCUAGUUUGUAAGAACCCAGAAUUUGUGUUUGCUUUGUUGAUGGCUUCGAAUUUUGGCCAUCUAUCUGGAAGAGGAUAUUGCUGUCUCUCGAAAUGAAAGGUCGUGUAUCCGGUAUUCUCGAAUCGUAAAAUUAUCUACAGCUUUCGAUUCUUCUUCAUCGAAUGUUACUGUUCAUGCACAUCUUAUCAUACAGUAUAGCAAGAGUUGAGAAUCCGGUGCUCCGAGAUUGUCAAGAACAUGUUUCCAUCGGUAAGGUGAUGAGAACCAGUUCUCCGUGAUCUGUGAAAUGUACUUCGAGGCAGCAUUACUGUGACACAGACAUUGCAAUAAGCUUGAAUGUUCUUGGUUAGUGAUUACUGUAAUGAUAGUUCCUGUGGGGUAUUUUGAGGAUGGCAGAAGCUAUUCCCAGUUUCUCAUUGUUCUGUUAUAUUAGUGUAUCUUUCUCGUCUUUCAUCAAGCCAGUAAAGACAUCUAGGGUUGAGAAGAAAGCAAUGAAUGCGCUUGAAAUGG